GUAGCUACUACCUAUUAAGCGUAGCUGUCCGUGUGACGCUUAGAAUUUAAUAAUAAAUUAACGUUUGUUUUCUUCAAUGCUUGUUUGAAUCUGCGAAGAAAUAUGCCUCAGAGUGGGACAUCAUCAUCCAAAAGAAUGACGAGUAACAGUGCUCGCUCCCGUCGUUACCGGACACGAUCCCACACUUCCCAAGUCGAUGAAACUCUUUUCGGAUCAGUUAAACAGUCUGAAUGUGAAAAUAAGAACCUCCCUAAAGGUGGCUCCAAAACUCAGGCUCACUCUGCUCCGGCCACCAAGCCACAAAAUCAUGAGACAAUCCGUAUCAUCACCAAGGACCAUAUCAGGGACCUGAGAAUUCCCAAAAAAGACCCAUCCAAACAGUCCAUCAUCCUCUGCCCAGCUGAAAUCAAGCGCAUCAUGGGUAAAUCUCAUGUGCUCACAAAAGAGGAGAGAGAUGCAGCACAGGAGAGCCAGCGCAAAGCUUUGGAAGAGUCAAUGAAUACUGCUGAGGAGAGGAAGAUACUUAUGCAGCAAGCAGACUUGUUCCGUCAGAAGAACCAAGGCCUUAGUGACCUGGAAGCUGAGGCUAGGGAGCAAGCUCAGUAUUUACUGGAGAGGGCAAAUGCCCUGAGAAUGGAGCAAGAAGAUGAGGUCAAGAAACUUAACGAGCUGAUUCUGGACGCGCAGUGCCAAGCAGUGAGGGACGCUCAGAUUCAGGAGAAGAAGCAGAUUCUGUCUGAGUUGCUGGAGGAGGAGUGUAGGCUUGAUGCCAUGAUGGAGGUGGACCGUCGGCGAGCCCUUGAGAUUCAAGCACAGAUCGACGAGCUACGCAAAAAUCAGAGAAUUCAGGGGCAGAUGUGCAUCCUGAAGCAGAUUGAGGAACGUCAGGAGGAACGAAUGUUGCAGGAAGAACUGAAGGAACAAGAAGGGCAGCAGAUGCUGGAGAAGCUGGAGAAGUUGCAGAUAGAGGAGCUGAAGGCUAUGGAAAAGAGGAAAGAGGAGCAAGAAAAGCUUCAGCUGGAAAUUAAGAAAAUCAAUGAGAACAAUCGUCUUGCAAAAGAACUCAAAAAAGAAGAGGAAAGGUUGGCGGACCUGGACGCGAUGGAAUAUACAAACAAGAAAUUGGCGCGAGAGGAAGAGUAUGAUGCUGAACAAAAACGAAUAAAAAAAGAGAAGGAGAAAGAAGUGGCACGAAUGAGAGCUCUUCAGGAAAGAGACAGAGAUCAUAAAGCUGAACAGGAUGCACUCAGGGCUCGUAGGAACCAGGAGGCUACUGAAAGGGAAUGGAGAAAGAAAGAGAAAGAACAAAUCAAGAAAAAGCUGGAAGAGGAUGAAAGAUUGAAGGCCAGUCGUCUAGAACAGAUAGCCCAUAAGGAACGCCUGCUGUGUAUCGAAGGUGGACGAGAGAGAGCCGAGUUUGAGAGAGUCCUGAGGGCCCAGCAGGAGGUCAUCGCACGGGAGAAGGAAAAGGAGGAACGGCAUCAGCAGCAGGUCCUGCGCCACGCUGAGGAAAUUCGGCAGCAGGUUCGGGAGCGGGAGGCUCAGGCCAUCACUCGGAGGAGAGAUGUGUUCCGUGAAGUAGAGAAGCUGGACGAAGAAGCUCGUAUCCGUCGAGCACGUCUGGAUGAGAUUAAAGAAAAGAAGCUAAAGGAGCUGAAGGCAGCUGGACUUCCAGAGAAAUACUGCAGUGAGGUGGAGCGGAAGAUUCAUAUCUUACCCACCUCUGUACGUUGAAGAAGAGUUGAUUUUUUUCAAAUCAAAUAAAAACUCUCAAUAUCUUUUACUAUGUAAUUACAAAAGAAACAAUAAAAGUAGUUUUCAGAUCA